GCAUCUGCAUCUUUGAGGGAGAUGAUUAAACCUGGAGCCCUAGCUAUCAUAUCCCCCACGGUUGUUGGUUUUCUUUUCCGCAUUUUGGGCUACUACACAGGACAUCCUCUUCUUGGGGCUAAAGUUGUAGCGUCCAUGUUGAUGUUUGCCACGGUUUCUGGUAUUCUUAUGGCUCUUUUCCUCAACACUGCUGGCGGAGCCUGGGAUAAUGCAAAGAAGUACAUAGAAACUGGCGCUCUUGGAGGCAAGGGGAGCGACACCCACAAAGCAGCAGUUACAGGAGACACGGUAGGAGACCCAUUCAAAGAUACAGCCGGGCCUUCUCUGCAUGUACUAAUCAAAAUGCUUGCGACAAUAACCCUUGUGAUGGCACCUAUCUUUCUAUGAGAGUUAAAGUUAAUAGAUUUUUAAUUAUACGGCAUGAAUUUCUAGGAGCUUUUCUAUGUUCAUUGGAUAUUGACGAGAGAUGUAAUUUCCUAGUUAUAAAACGAGAAUACCACAUUUUUUGGCACAUGAAUUCCAACUAUAGGCAACUCUUUUUUAGUUUUAGAUCUCUGAAUUCUCGGUUAAAGCUGUUUCUUUCGCUUCCCAAA